CGAAAUUCUCGGCGAGCGCCAUUACCGUCGUCGUUCCGGGAUAGUUCACAUAGCCACGCUGAGACGAGCUUUGGCUCAGCAUCACGAUCAGUUUCACCGGAAAUUUCCAAAUUAGAUAGAAGAUCUAACCCUCCUUCCACAUACCAAACCUGAUUCCCCCACCAAUUUCUUUCGUGAUCCGUCUCCAGUGACAAGUAGGACGGAUCGCAACACUCGAAGGUUUUCAACAGUACGGGAACCCGGCACUCGAAACGCAAGGACCCAUGGCCGUUACGGCAGCGAUGCCAGCAGCAGCACAGAUAUGUCUUCGCGAUAUCAGCGGAGAGGAGGUAGCGCGGAAAGUGCAAUCAUACCAUCUUCUGGUCGGAGUCUAAUCGGUGAGACUCUGAAGUCCGCUGGUCUUAGCCCCCGGAAGGAAAAGGCGGAAGUACCGCCAUUUUCACCUCGCAAGGCUACGAGGGCUAGUAUGCCAAAUGGAAUACCUGGCGCCGCUACACUAAGGGAAGCGUAUAGAUCGCCCAAUGUCGAAGAAGGACGCGGCCAAGAGCGAACGAGAAGAAGCACCUUAGAACCAGGCUCAACUUCUCGGCCUUCAAGCUCUGGCGCUGGUAAAGCACUUGAAGUCACAUCACGUACUCCAUUUCAAUUUUCCCGUCCAUCGACUUCCGCUGGAUUCUACACCCGUGAUGGCAAUAAUCGUACAGCUCCUCUACAACGUGGGUCACCAGCUCGUGGUUCGCCAUCAAAACACGUAAAUGGGCGAGAUCUCAUGUCGCCAACCCCUUCUCGAACCCCAUUCUCUCCCGCACUCUUGCACCCCCGAGCCCAUCCCCGGCUCGCAUAAUGGACCAUCCGGACAUCCUGAUUGAUGCGCUUUCCAUGCUGGAAGGCCACAUGUCACGGCUCCCAUCGUCAUCCUCCGCCCAAGCUUCAGAUUGUUUGAGAUCUGCACAAACCCUGGUGGAUGCCACUCGAGCCCUCAA